CAUGGUGCUAAUCAAGCAAACACCACUUUGAUAUUUGAUUCCAACUUAACAUCACAUUAUUCACACACAAAAAUAAAAACCACCAAACACCGUUUUCAUAAAUACUCAUCAUCAUCAUCCUUAACUUCAAAAAAAAAAACAUGAUUACUCCUAGAGUCCGAGGUUCAGGGAGAAAAAUCAUUAUCAACUUAGGUGAAUUCAAUGUAUUUUCAUCAAAAGGAUUAAUGCAGAAACGUAAGAAAAUUCCAUUGAGCAUUCUAUUAUGGAGAUUCCUUGGUGCAACCGUUUUCUCAAUAGCUAUCACAUGUUUCUUCUUUGUUCAUCAUGUUCACGUAUCCACUACUUCUCCAAUUCAUCAUCAAAAGUUCAAUGAAAAGAUUCACACGUUUCGUGACCUGCAAAGCUGGACCCAAGAGCUUGUUCCGGUUCAUUUAUCUAAGGAUCCACUCUCUGCUUCUAAGCUGAAUAAUACAAGAGGGGAUACAGAACUAAACUAUGAGAAACUGUGGAAGCCUCCACCAAAUCAUGGAUUUCUACCUUGUACAAAACCUACCCUUAAUUACACAACUCCUGAAAAUUCGCGCGGUUACCUUCUAGUACAUACAAAUGGUGGACUCAACCAAAUGCGCACCGGGAUAUGUGAUAUGGUAGCUAUAGCUCGCAUUAUAAAUGCCACCCUUGUAAUUCCAGAACUCGAUAAAAAGUCAUUUUGGCAAGAUAAUAGCAAUUUCUCUGAUAUCUUUGAUGAAAAGAGGUUUAUCAGUUCUCUUGCUGAUGAUAUAAAAAUCAUUAAGAAACUUCCAAAGGAUCUGGCUGAUGCAACCAAAACGGUGAAGCAGUUCAAAAGCUGGUCUGGUAUGGAUUACUAUCAGAAAGAGAUUGCAGCCCUCUGGGAUGAUUUCAAGGUUAUUCAAGCUUCCAAAACCGAUUCUCGAUUAGCAAAUAACAAUCUACCUCCAGAUAUUCAGAAGCUUCGUUGUCGUGUUUGUUUUGAAGCUCUUCGUUUCUCUCCUCACAUUGAACAGAUGGGAAAGUUAUUGGUAGAGAGGAUGAGAUCAUUUGGUCCUUAUAUCGCAUUACACUUACGUUACGAGAAGGAUAUGCUUGCGUUUAGCGGAUGCACGCAUGAUUUAUCAAUUUCUGAGGCCGAAGAACUACGAGUUAUCAGAGAGAAUACUACUUAUUGGAAAAGAAAGCAUAUUGAUCCUACUGAAGAGAGGUCUAAAGGGAAUUGUCCCUUAACUCCAAAAGAAGUUGGAGUUUUCCUUAGUGCUCUUGGAUACCCUACCAAGACUCCAAUAUAUAUUGCUGCAGGGGAGAUAUAUGGGGGUGAGACUCAUAUGACUGAACUGCGGUCGCGAUAUCCGUUUUUAAUGAGCAAGGAAAAGUUGGCAUCUAUUGAUGAACUUGAACCAUUUUCAAAUCACGCGUCUCAAAUGGCCGCUCUUGACUAUAUUGUAUCUGUUGAAAGCGAUGUGUUUGUACAUUCUUACCCUGGAAACAUGGCACGGGCCGUUGAAGGCCAUCGUCGUUUUCUUGGGAAAGGAAGAACAAUAUCUCCAGAUAGGAAAGCUCUGGUUCGUUUGUUCGAUAAACUAAAAACUGGAUCAAUAGUUGAGGGUAAAAAGUUGUCUAAUAAAGUGAAUGAUCUUCACCAAGGAAGGGUUGGCUUAUUAAGGAAGAGAAAAGGACCCAUCUCUGGAACAAAGGGUGUAGACAGGUUUCGAUCAGAAGAAACCUUUUAUGCAAAUCCUUUACCCGAUUGUUUAUGUCGAACAGAAUCAUCACCUAUAUAGAACAAACACAAACAUAUACUCAUCAAUCAUCAUAAAGCAAAAGCUUUUUCCUUGAACACAUAUUAAUGAAAGAAUGACUCAUAACAGAAUCUGAAACAAAGUUCAGUGGGAACUUGGUAGGUGUUAUAAGGACCCGUGACCUAAUGUAUAUAUCUUGAAGGGGAAAAAAGAAGAUAGAGAAGAAAAAGAAGAAAAAAAAAUGAGACUUUUUAUACACAAAGUUGGUAAAUUCAUUCAUUCAUUCAUUGAUUUAUUGAGUUGAGUGAGCAUCACUUAUUUAUGUAGAAAGUGUAGAGAUGUUGAAUAUAGCCAGGGACUCGGUCGCAUUCUUCAUUGCAAUUUUCUUUAUUGUAAUUAUACAUUUCGAAUGAUAAAUAUAUAGUUCUACAUUCUUUACUUAUUGACCUGAAAUCAUCAAGAAUAUUUGUACAACAAACUAAUCAGAGCCACUUUUGUUUUAAUGAAAUUGCUUCAACAA